GGUGGCAAUCGGGUAAUUUGAGGGUUUCUCAGUACUGCGCAAGGUUGAGGUAAACUUCAAAAAUUUCAGGCCAGCGCAAGCUUCAGCCUUGAAAUCAAAAUCCUUGACUUUCACUUCCAAACCGCCAAUUACUCUUCAAACCCAGCGAAGAGAAUGGAGGAACCUCAAAACGGCGCCGCAGCCUCGGCGCCAGCAGAGACCGAGAACGAGCUCGUCGUCGGACCGGGGCCCGCCCCGCGAGCUCGCCCUAAGCGCCCGCUCCAGUUCGAGCAGGCCUACCUCGAUGCGCUUCCCUCCGCUAACAUGUACGAGAAAAGUUAUAUGCACCGCGACGUGGUUACGCAUGUUGCUGUCUCUCCAGCAGAUUUUUUCAUCACUGGAAGCGUUGAUGGGCAUUUGAAGUUUUGGAAGAAAAAGGCCAUUGGUAUCGAGUUUGCAAAGCAUUUUAGGUCCCACCUUGGUCCAAUUGAAGGUUUAGCUGUUAGUAUUGAUGGGCUGCUCUGUUGUACAAUUUCAAAUGAUCGAUCUGCGAAGAUAUAUGAUGUGGUCAACUAUGAUAUGAUGGUCAUGAUUGGCCUACAGUUUGUUCCUGGUGCUGUUGAAUGGGUCUACAAACAAGGGGAUGUCAAAGCUAGACUUGCCAUUAGUGAUCGAAACUCCACAUUUGUGCACAUAUAUGACGCACGAGCUGGUUCAAAUGAAUCUAUCAUUUCCAAAGAGAUACAUGUGGCACCAGUAAAAGUUAUGAAGUACAAUCAUCUAUCUGAUGCUGUGAUAUCUGCAGAUGCAAAGGGAAUCAUCGAGUAUUGGAGCCCUGUUACAUUUGAGUUCCCAGAGAAUGAGGUGAACUUUAGAUUGAAAAGUGAUACCGAUCUCUUUGAAAUUGCGAAAUGCAAAACAUCUGUUUCUUCUAUUGAGGUGAGCCCAGAUGGUAAGCAAUUUACGAUUACAUCACCCGAUCGUAGGAUACGUGUGUUUUGGUUCAGAACAGGUAAACUCAGACGCGUUUAUGAUGAAUCUCUUGAGGUGGCCCAAGAUCUUCAGAGAAGUGAUGCUCCCUUAUACAGGCUGGAAGCUAUUGACUUUGGGCGAAGAAUGGCCAUUGAGAAGGAAAUAGAGAAAACAGAAAGCGCACCACAACCAAAUGCAGUUUUUGAUGAAAGCUCUAAUUUUCUUAUAUAUGCCACCCUCCUUGGGAUAAAAGUAGUAAAUUUGCACACCAACAAAGUUGCUCGAAUUCUUGGAAAGGUGGAGAACAAUGAUAGAUUCUUGAGAAUUGCAUUAUAUCAAGGUGAUCGAAGCAGUAAAAAAGUUAGAAAAAUUCCUGCAGCUGCAGCAAAUGCCAAUGAGAGCAAAGAGCCUUUGACGGAUCCAACUCUUCUAUGUUGCGCUUUCAAGAAGCACAGAAUAUAUCUAUUCAGUCGAAGAGAACCAGAGGAGCCUGAAGAUGCAACUAAGGGAAGAGACGUGUUUAAUGAAAAGCCUCCUCCUGAUGAACUUCUAGCUGCGUCAGAUAUUGGGAAAUCUGUCACAACAUCCCUUCCUGACAAUGUGAUUAUGCAUACCACAAUGGGUGAUAUUCACAUGAGAUUGUACCCGGAAGAAUGUCCUAAAACUGUGGAGAACUUUACGACACACUGCCGGAAUGGCUACUAUGAUAAUCUCAUUUUUCACCGGGUCAUCAAAGGCUUUAUGAUACAGACAGGAGAUCCUCUGGGAGAUGGCACUGGCGGGCAAUCUAUUUGGGGAAGGGAGUUUGAGGAUGAGUUUCACAAAAGUUUACGACAUGACAGGCCUUUCACAGUGUCAAUGGCAAAUGCGGGGCCAAACACUAAUGGAUCUCAGUUCUUUAUCACCACAGUGGCUACUCCUUGGCUGGACAACAAGCAUACAGUUUUUGCUAGAGUUAUGAAAGGAAUGGAUGUUGUACAGGCUAUAGAGAAAGUGAAGACAGAUAAGGGUGACAAGCCAUAUCAAGAUGUGAAAAUUCUAAAUGUGACUGUUCCCAAAUCUUAAAGAUUUCCCUUCAAAGGGUUGAUCUAUCAGGAUAUGGUCUGUGGUCCUUUCCGAGUAACUGGUGAACCUUUGCCGCAAAAGUUUAAUGUCAGGUAAAGGCUUUGUCUAUCUUAUUAAGGCAGUGACCCACUGUUCACUUGGGACUAUAUUUGAGGUUCUAUGUUCAUUGGGGAACAACAUUAAUUAAAAUAAAGAAGAAAGAUAAAAUACAGGAAGGUCGGAGCUAAAACUGGAGGAGGAUUGAAUGAAUAAUGAGAAGAUUGUCCAUUGAUGAUGUCAAUGUCCUCAAGGAGGAAUACCUCCCCAAUGUAUUUUGCAAGGAAAAUUCGCUGCUAUUUUAGAAAUAUUUAUGCACCCAAAAAAAAAAAAGGAAGGGAUCCUACUGCCCAGAUUUUGUAGUCUAUGGGGGACUGGAUAAUAUGUUAGCAAUCACCUGCAAUUGCAGUUAUGGGUAACCGUAGAUUUUGUUGCUUUGCCAGGUAUGUGCUUGAAUAUGAAAGGAGUAUAAGAAGAUUAACACUGUUGAAUUUGUAGUCAUAGCUGAAAACGUUUUCAUCAACCUAGUUCUCAUUAGAUGUGGGGUACCAAUAGUUUUUGUGGCUGCAAUGUUCGUCUUAAUCCUUUCUGAAAUCGUGAGGGAAGUUUUGUAUGCGAUAAAGACUUCAUUUUUGAUAUCUGCAUAUCAUUUACUCAUUUGAUUA